AUGAUUUCUUCAAAACCCAGGCUUGUGGUUCCUUAUGGCCUGAAGACUCUACUAGAAGGAGUUAGCAGAGCCAUUCUCAAAACCAAUCCAGGGAAUAUCACCCAAUUUGCAGCUCUUUAUUUUAAAGAGCUUAUUUUGUUCAGAGAAGCAAAUUCUUCAUUGGACAUAAAAGAUUUGGUUAAACAAUUUCAUCAGAUCAAAGUAGAGAAAUGGUCAGAAGGAACCCAGGAGAAGAAACCAGAGAGUGCAAAAGAGCCCGAGCCAUCAUCUCUGAUUUCUGAAGAACCAAAACGGAAAGAGAAGUCCACGGACACGGAGGAGGACAACAUCACCGGCCCGCUGUUCAGCAACAAAACCACCCAGUUCCCAUCGGUUCACGCUGAGCUCGCAGAGCCGGAAGAGACAUCCGAGUCAAUCAGUGAGCACUCCCCCAAAGCCUCCACCCCCAAGGUAUCCACCCCGCCGUCCUCACCAUCUCCGCUGGCCGCUGCUUCGCCGGAAUUUGCCUACGUCCCAGCCGACCCGGCACAGCUAGCUGCCCAGAUGUUAGCGAUAGCAGCAAGUGAAGCAGGACAACCACCACCAUAUUCUAACAUGUGGACCCUUUAUUGUCUAACUGAUAUGAACCAACAAAGCCGCCCAUCACCGCCACCUGCACCCGGGCCUUUUUCCCAAGCAACCCUCUAUCUGUCUAAUGCUAAGGAGCCACAGUUUCUGCAGCAUCCACCGAAAGUUACUUCUCCAACUUAUGUGAUGAUGGACGACUCCAAGAGGACCGGUGCCCCACCUUUUAUUUUAGUAGGCUCAAAUGUUCAGGAAACCCAGGAGUGGAAACCUCUUCCUGGACAUGCUGUUAUUUCACAGCCAGAUCCCUCGAAGAGAUACACUGCAGUCCAAGUUCCCAUUGCUGUUCCUACAGAACAGCAGAAAUUCCAGAAACACCCCCCAGCCCCCCAGAAUGGUAGCUCUCCUCCGAAUGGACCAGAUGCCCCCAGGCCACAAAGCCCAGUUUUUGUUUCUGUUGCUAUCCCAAUAGAAGAUGUAGCCAAAAAGGGUUCAGGAUCUGGUGACAAACGUACGCCCUUUGCAGGAAGUUACGGUAUUGCUGGAGAAAUUACCUUGACCACUGCCCACCGCAGAACAGACACUUAA